AAGGCCAAUAUUAUGUUAGUCAACAUCUUGGCCAAUACCUGGAGAAACACAAGAAGCUGAAACUGUGGAACAAGUUCAGAAUUUCCAACAUUCCCUCACUGAUCUUUAUUGAAGCGUCCACAGGGAAGACUGUGUGCAGGAAUGGCCUCUUGUUAAUAAGAGAUGACCCAGAAGGUCUGGAAUUCCCUUGGGGGCCAAAGCCUUUCAGUGAAGUAGUUGCUGGACCUUUGCUCAGGAAGAGUGGCCAGGCUCAAGACAGUAGUAUGCUGGAAGGGUCUUAUGUUGGUGUUUAUUUCUCUGCACAUUGGUGUCCUCCUUGUCGAAGUCUGACAAGAGUGUUAGUGGAAUCUUAUCGAAAAAUCAAAGAGUUGGGUCAGAAGUUUGAAAUAGUCCUUGUUAGUGCCGACAGGUCAGAAGAAUCAUUUAAGCAGUAUUUCAGUGAGAUGCCCUGGUUGGCAAUUCCGUACAGUGACGAAGCACGGCGGUCACGAUUAAAUCGAUUGUAUGGCAUACAAGGUAUUCCCAAUCUCAUUAUAUUGGACCCCAAAGGAGAAGUCAUUACACGACAGGGGAGAGUAGAGGUUCUUCACGAUGUUGAGUGUAAAGAGUUUCCAUGGCUCCCCAAACCUGUUGUGGAGCUAACAGAGUUAAAUGCUGUGCAGCUGAAUGAGGGGCCGUGCCUUGUCCUCUUUGUAGACUCUGAGGAUGAAGGGGAGUCUGAAGCAGCUAAAGAACUUGUUCGACCCAUAGCCGAGAAAAUUAUAGCACAAUAUAAAGCCAAAGAUGAGGAAGCACCACUAGUGUUUUUUGUGGCCGGAGAGGAUGACAUGACAGACUCCCUGCGGGAUUUCACAAACCUCCCAGAAGCCGCCCCUCUGCUUACCAUACUGGACAUGUCCGCCAGAGCAAAGUAUGUCAUGGAUGUGGAGGAGAUCACUCCAGAGAUUGUGGAGAGUUUUGUCAAAGAUUUCCUAGCAGAGAAACUGAAACCAGAGCCAAUCUAACAAGAUACAGUAUUAAUCCCCCGCCGAAAGAAUUAUUAUUUAAAAGGAAAACACACAAUGCUUGUCUCCUCUUGCCACACGGAUUUUAACAUAUUUUCUCGUCUGAGAACGCCUUUUCAGGGUGCCUUUUUUUUGUGUCGUCGUUUUAAAAUUGAAUCCUCCAGGACUGUAAAAUAUUGCCAAAUGCCUCAUGGGAGAGCAGCACCAAGUACUAAGUCACUUUCUACCCUGGGUCCGGAUUUGAAUGUCACUUUUGUCUGAAGCAGUAUACUCUUAACUUUUGGUAUUUGAGUCUUUGAUUCCUCAACAGUGAAGUGUUAACAAUUUGUACCUUUGUAAUAAAAUCUUUUUUUUUUUUCUUUUGAUCCGUUACAUCUCAACCAUCCUUGGGUCAUACAUCAAGUUUUUCUUUCCUAUUCACAUACAGUUUUAAUAUGCAACCUGUCAAUGUUUUGCCUGCUUGAAUGCUUUUUAUAUAUAAAGAGCUACAUGUCCAGUAAGUAGAACACAUCAGUAUUCACUGUUCUUGUUUGUCACAUUCUCAAUUAGCUAUGUUUUGCAUGUGACCUGUCUGGGCUUAUUUAAUAAUAUAAUGCAGAGAAUGCUGGAGCAACAGCAACCAAUCAGAAAUCGCCCUUCAUUAUGUAGACUAAACCACAGUCAGUGCUUUUUUCUGCUUGGUUGACAAAGGUAACAAUAUUGUACACCAUUGUUCCUAGUACUAUGUUAAUAACCACAUCUUUGGCUUUGAGCACACCUACCAUUGAUUGCUGAGUUGGCAUAAUCUUUAUAUUAUGUUUUUACUGGAUCUUUGUUCCAUCAAAACUUAUAUUUAAGGUACAAACUUGAUUAUUUUUGGUAGCAACUUAAUUUACAUACAACUAUUGCAGCUUCUAUACAAUUAUUAGACCCACUGUCUCCAAAGGACAUGUAAUGUAUAGUAGUUUGAGUUUGAAGGUUCAUUAAUAUCAACUCAUCUUUUUCAUACAGGUUUUGUAAGUAUUUAAGCUGCCCUCGCAAGUUUCCUGUGAAAUGAAGUUCCUGGUGUUUUCUUGGAAAAAAAAAUAAAAUUGGCAUUGUGGAUGAUGUA